GUCCCUGCUGUGCUGGGGUAUUGGGGUAACCGUGGGUGGAGAGCGCGGGGCCGGGGUGCAGCUGGAAAACCAGCGAAUAACGGAGGAGAUAUAUAUUAAAUAAAAUGAAGCCGGCUACAGGACAUUAUUUGAUUCUGGGUUGUUUUUGUCUGGCUUUCUGUUCUGGGUGUACUUCAUAUAAAUUCCUGGAAAGUGAGCACCAUCCUCACACUUGGAAAAAGCUGUUCCUUGUUCAUCACUGGCCCGUGACCGUAUGCAAGAUGAGUGAAAAUGACUGCAAAGAUCCCCCCCAGUACUGGACAAUUCAUGGACUAUGGCCUGAUAAAGUAGACGAAUGUAAUAGAACAUGGCACUUCAAUGUGACUGAGAUUAAGGAUCUCUUGCCAGACAUGAGACAAUACUGGCCUGAUGUACUCCAUUCAUCUCCUAAUCGCACCCAGUUCUGGAAGCAUGAGUGGGACAAACAUGGGACCUGUGCAGCCACAGUGGAGCCUCUUAAUUCUCAAAAGAAAUAUUUUGGUAGAACAUUGGAUCUCUACCAAAAACUUGACCUCAACAGUUGUCUCCUGAAAGUUGGGAUAAAGCCAAGCAGUACCUAUUACCAGAUGACAGCCAUAAAAGAAGCCCUUACAAGUGUUUAUGGAGUAACACCAAAGGUUCAGUGCCUUCCUCCAGAAGAGGGUGAAGAAGUGCAAACAAUUGGUCAAAUUGAAUUCUGUUUCACCAAAGAGUUGGAGCUGAGAAACUGUACAAACUCAGAGGCUGACUCCUAUGUAAUGCCAAACAACUGGAAUUUUGGACCUGAGGAGUUGUCUGUCUGUAAUGACACCCUGACGUAUUACCCUGCACAGGUUCAGUUUUACAACUGAAGCCUCCAGAACUUGAAAUACUUGGUAACAGAUACCUUUUUUAAACGAGAUACUUUGCAAAGCAAUGGAAAAAGCUGUUUUGAGUAAGUGAUACUAUGCUCGCCUACCUCACAGGAAUGUUGUGGGGAUUAAUGUUUGAAGUGCUAUAAGUAUAAGGUGAUUCUUUUGUAUUAAAGAGGCAAUGGGCCAGAUUCUAAUGUCAGAUACAUAGCUGGAAAUCUACAGUAAUUGCACUAGUUUAACUAAGCUCGGAAUCUGAUUGUGUUUUUUACAAUAGGAAACACUGUUUAAAAGAGAAAUGACUUUUCAACAUUCAGAAUUGCAUUAAAGUCCAAUUCUUUAUCUGGGCACUCUUUUUUGAUUAUUUGUUUGUUUUUUUGGAAUUGUGAACAGAGCAUGAAUUAAUCCCUCAGACCACUAUAAAAAGAUACUUAUUUCUCAGUUUCUUGGGAGAAAAACUUAUUCAGACAUGAUAACUAAGGGGCUUGUUCAGAGCUCCUUAUUCAAGCAAAACACUGAUUGGCUUCAAUAAGAAUUUUGCCGGGGAGUGCUGAAUAGAGGCCCUGUCCUAUGUGGUGUUAAGCCCCUUUUAGACCCAUUGAAGUAAUUGAGCAUUUUGUGUGACUGUUAUCUCACAGGACUGGGCUUGUUAUCUUUGUGUUGUCUUGUUUGGUGAAUGAAAAGCUAAGAUGCAAACUUCCAAAUGUGGCCAGUGACCACUGAUGUUUUUGGUGCCCCAGUUUUUGGCUGCCCUUUUCAAGAUGCCAAGAUUUCCCACCCCUCCAGGUUCUGAACAUCUGUAUUUCCCAUUGGUCUGAGUUGUGAGUGCUCGGCUAGUCUGAAAAUUACACACAAGAUGUCUGACUGGGCAGCCAAAACUGGAGGCACCCAUAAUCAGUAACUAGUUCUGAAACUGCUAGCCUGAAUGACUCCAUAUUCUUCUGACAUAUCUGAUAACACCAAGCCCAAAUGUUUGAAAACCUGAGUGAGACAGGCCCUUAAAACAUCAAGAUUAAAAAAUUGGAUUCUGUUUAUAUGCUCUCUUCUAGCUUGAGUUAUUAAGGUUCAUAAGUCCAAGCUUUUCUCCACAAUGGCUAGAA